UCAAAAAACUCAAGAGAUUAGAAUAAAAAAUCUAAAAACGAAAGUAGCCCCUAGCAAUAGCAGAAACUUAAUGGUGAUUCGGAUUUCCAGUAACAAUAAAAGUACUUAACAAUAUUUUCUAUUUCAGAAGGAACACAAAAUACUUCUUCAUAAUAACCUCCGCGACAGUGUUCGCAAUGAUAUUCGGCGGAUUGGCGAAGGGAAAGGACAAUAUAACCCUACCACUAAAAGCAUCAUUUCCCUACGACUAUAAUCAAAACUUAGCAUUUUCCUUGACAUACUUCAGUCAAUCGGUCUGCCUCUAUUCCGCCGGUUUAAUUACCGUUGCUUCGGAAACAUUUGUAAUGACAAUGCUGAUUCAAAUUUGCUCCCAACUUGAUAUACUAUGUCAUCGUCUACAAUAUCUCUCAGAUUUCCACCAAAACAAAAAAUCCCUAAUGUAUCACAAAGCGGAAGAGGCCAACAUUAUCAAAGACUGCGUCAUUCAUCAUAAUUACAUCUUCAGGUAAAAUUUUAGAAGCGCAAUUUACAUUUACAUUGUGCCAUUUACUCUAUUUCCAUAUUUAAGAAAAAAAA